AUGAAUUAUUCGGUGAUUUACCUGGCUUGCGUGCUCGUUGUCGCUUGUCGCGACGUCGUCGUCGUCGCCACCGACGACGCGAUUUAUCGUCGUCGUGGCACGGCGAAGCAACGCACACGUACACGCCUACCGUUUGACGCCGCCGGCGGGUUCUUCGCCAUCGAGGCGAUGUCGCUCGAUGAUCGGCCGUAUCGCGCCAAUGGCAACAUUUUCGCGGCUGUUAUCAAUUCGCUUCUUCAGCCCAAAAAGAAAGGCAUGACUGGACUGUUUUCUUUGUAUACUGCGUAGUUGAACUUUUGGUUCUUGAAAAAAGGCUUCAGGUUGCUUUAGAGAUGUAAUAGAUCUUUGGGGCAAAUUCGGACUUUUUAAAAAUUUUCAAGAAGGCACAAAGGAAAUUUUGGAUGUUUUUGACCUUCUGAAGAGCUCUAUAACUAACAUGAUCUUUUUGUCGAUUUUAUCAGGAAGGAGUUUGAAUUUCCGGCUAAAACACUACAGAAAAGUUCCAGCCAGAAGUUGAUAGCUCCUGAUUUUUUUUCAGUGACUUGUUUCAAAACAGGUUUGUUGGUGGUAAAUUGUGAAAAACUCAACUUCAGAUGGUUUUCAAGUUAUUUUUCGAUCAGAAAAGACUUUCAUCUUUAAAUUUGAUUUUUUCCAGCUCUUGUUGGUCCGCCGACAAAUGUUCGAGUUGAAGCGACGAGCAAUUCUUCGGCCGUCGUUCAAUGGGACUUUGAAGCGGCUCCGGUUCGUUUUUCAUCGAAUUCAAAGAAUUUUUGUCAUUCUCAGGUCGAUUCCUUCGUCGUCAAGUACAUCCAUGAGCCGGGAAGCCGAACGGACACCGAAAAAUGGGUCCAACAGCCCGUUUUGGGACACGUUCGCCACUAUGAAGUGCCAAACUUGACGGCCCACAAACCUUACGCGUUUUGUGUCUUGGCUGUGAAAAACAAUGUGGGUUUGAGGGUAGAAGGGGGUUCAAAAAAAAAAGUAGGUAAACCGGUCUGUAUUUUGAGAAGACUUUGGAUGAGACUUUAGCAGUCUUUAUAUACUUUAGGGGGUUUUUAAAUAAUAAAGACUGUGAAAAUAGCAAUUUUCCUGCUCGAAAUGCAGUGAAGAAAGCAUAUUUUUAUUUAUUCAACUUUUUUUCAAACUGCUUCGAACUCAAGAACAUUAUUUUUUUGAUUAUGACAACCUAAGAAGACUGGAAUUUGAAAAGAGUCAUUUUCUUAUCGUUACUCCGAAAUAGUAAUAUGAAAUUCUCUGACCAAAAUACUCUAGCUGAAAUUUUUGUAGUUUCCCAAAGUGCGACUUGCAUUGUACGAUGAGGUACAAAUUCGCAAAAAUAGUGCAUUUUUGAAAAUUUGUAGUUCUAUCAAACCAAAAAGAAUGUGGACUGAAAUAUCUAAAAAAAAUUUUUUUAGCAACUCCAAGAAAUUUUUAAGAAAUAAAUCUUACUGAAUUUCUUAAAACUGCUAAAGAUAAAAAGUUUUUAAAAAGAUAAUUUUAUGAAGCAUAUACCGGUUUCCGCGACUUGAAACAGUAUCUCUGCGCCCUCCUUGUCUAUCGGCGACCCUCUCAUGUAGACGUGAUAUUUCCGUGUUCCUCUGACCUGCCGGCGAGGGAACAGAGAGACGCAGACAGUCAGAAAGUUUCAAGUCGCGGCUAACAAACUAUACUCUAGUUUCCAAGAAAAAAAAAUUCAUCUUUUAAUUUUCAGCGACAAGGGCCAUGCUCCGACCCACCAACAGUCCUGGAAAGCGUCUCGCCGACUUACAUGGUCCAAAAUUUGAGGGUUCUCUGGAAAACGAGCAACUCUGUUCAGUUGACGUGAGUUUUAGGAGCAAUUUGAUGAUAUUAAAAAACGGGGAAGAAAAAUCAAGGAAUACUGGUACUUUCUGUGAAGUUUGGAACGAAAAAAACGACAUAAAAAAAUUUUUUUCAAACUUGAAUAUUCAAAAAAACAAACAUUUUUUUCUGGUCUCGAAAAAGCCUAUAUUUGAAGAAAAAGAGGUUUCAAAAAUCUCGUUUUUGAGUUUUCAAAAUUUAAGGGUUCCCUCAUAGUUUCUAGGCCUUAAAGAGAGAGGGAAGGUUCUCAUAAGCUCAAUUUAAAAAAAUGACCGCUUUUGAAAAAAAUUUACAAUAGAGUUUUCUAACAGAAAAAAAGCAAAAAAAAAUUUUUUUCGAAAAAGAUUUUUUUACUCAAACAAAAAAACAAUAAUCUCAAUUUCUCUUUAUUUUCAAAGUUAAAAUUCGUUUAUCACAGAUUUUUCCAUGAUUUUCCUAUCUUUUUUUCUAAAAAUAUCAAAGUUUGAUAAAAUUUUCUACAGAACACCAUUGGAAAAAUGAUUAUCUCUAUAUUCCAAAGCCCUAAAAUAACCGUCAAAAAGCCCGUUUAUGGUUUUGUUUUCUAGAUGGGACUACACUGGACCGCGGAACGUUGGAUUUCACCUGAAUCACACCGGAAUCAAGGAAUAUUUGAACCAGGACCUUCAGUUGAAAACCAUGACGACGCCUGGUUACGUCAGAGAACUUCCCGAAAAUUCGAGGGAAUUUUUGUGAGUUGUCCAAAAAAAAUUUAAAGUUUGGACUUUGUAAUAUUAUUUCCAAAGCGCAUCCCACUAAAUUUUGAAAGUAAAAGAUGAUUUUUUUCGGUUUUCUGGGGAAAAUUGGAAUUUUGAAAUAGAUUUUUAGUUUUUUUUCUAAUUUUUAAAGGUUUUUAGAGGUUAAUCAAGUUUUUUUUUUUGAGGCGAAAUUUUGACCAUUUUUGAGCAAUUCCACGAUUUUUUUCUGCAUUUUUUUGUGUGCAAAAAGAGUUUCUGAAUAAAAACUUUCUGUACUUCUAAUUUUUGAAUUUUUCCCAUUAGUUUUUUUCAGUCCUUUGAGUCCAUUUUUCUCAUUCAGAUGGACCUCACUUCGACCAAAUAUGCAGUAUACCUUCCACAUUGGCGUUCACACUCUACCACCGGGUUCCAGAAGAUAUUGGCCCAAAGAGGUUGGCCUUCGAUUUUGGAUGAAGUAGCGUGAAUGGUUCUUGUUGAGUAUGUAAAUAGGUGUUAUUAAAAAAUAGAUCACGUGGAAGAUUUGGGCCAGUUUUUCGUGUACAGCAUCUUCACAGACGAAACGAGCGCCGUGAGAGUCCAAAAGAAUCGCCAACGAUUGAAGAGCCUAUGAAUAUACCUCUAUAUAGACAUGACGUCUCGUGAAGGCGGUUGAUCGUCGUCGUCCUGUUGUGGAGACGUCGGGGGCGGUAGAGGCCUCGAGGGUGGUGUGGAGACGUCGGGGCGGUCAAGGCUUCGAGGCGGUUGAGAAUUGAAUUGAUUAUCAGUGGAAUUAGAGCCUUAUAUAGUGGCCUAAUCUUCUUUUCAACUUUUCAUUAACACGUAGACACGCCUGGGUUAGAAAGAAAAAUGAAGUUUUAAAUGCGACGGUUUUCUUUAACUUGAAAUCGACGUGGCUCUUCGAAUAAAUGCUUUUUUUGCGUCCGACCUGAAACGGUUUGCACGCGUGGUCACGAAAAAUCAUUAGACAGCUUCAGUAUUCAAUUUAGCUUCUAACGAAAAAUUCAGAGUCUAACAAGAUUUUUCAAUAAAAAUGAGGAAAGUUCGAAAUUUGGUGCUCUAAUUUUGAAUCUACGUAUGAAGUGGCUCGACGUGUAACGGCUCUUUUUUGCGUCCGACUUGAAACGGCUUGCGCGCGUUUUCAUCGGAAAUCAUUGGAUAGAGUUUCAAGUCAGCAUCUAACUGAAAAGUUACACAUGAAGUGGCUCGACAAUUAAAGGCUGUUUUUUUUUGCGUCUGACCUAAAACGGUUCGCGCGUGGGGCCAUCGAAAAUCAUUAGACAGCGAAAUCUAACCGCGAAGUUUUCGACCCCUUUUAGAGUCAAUUUUUUAAAGUUUCUCCCCAUUAACUUUAACUUAAAGUCCCAAAUGAAGUCUCUAAGUCGAUGUCAACAUAGCAAAAAUUAGUCAGACUCAGAUCAGAUGCUCAAAUUUUAAGGUGACAACAAAAACCGACUGUACCGGACCUCCCUUCGUCGAACGGCCCGUUUUGGUCUUGGAAUCGACGAAUAUGCUCGCCGGCCAACAGAUGGUCCGACUCUCGCCGGCUUCCGAGGAAUACGGAGAGAUCUCCCAUUAUUGGAUCAUCGUCGUCCCCGCCAAUUAUAGCAAUGUUCGUUUGGGAAAUGAUAGUGGAAAGCAUAUUUUUGUCCGAGGGGAAUAAUAGAGGAAUCUUUUCCUAGACCUCCAAAAAGUUUCGGACAUUUUUUUCAAUUAUAGACACAGUUUUUUCGUUCCUCAACUUCUCAUAAAGCGUUCUUGAGAAGCUCCAAAAGUUCUGAGCUUCCUAUCUUUUCAAAAGAUUUCUGAAUCCCCAAUUUUGUCACAUAAAAUGAUUUGAUUCUUCAGGAAGACGUCGUCAACAUGGAUUCGACGGAUCUCGAGCGGGCGACGUCGGAGAAAAGAGCCGCCCUGGCCAAGCAGUUGUCUGUUUCGCCGACCAAGAAGGUCACACUUUUCCUGUUUCGGAAUUUAUUGGAGUUUUUUUGGGGGUUGCAUCGACGAUCGACUUUUGACAGUUUAAAAACGAAAAAAAGCUUUAUAUUUCUCUCGUUUUAGCUUCAUAUACGGAAUGACUCGGAGCAAUCUUUAUUCCAACCGAAAUUCACAUUUUCAGACAUUUUUGGACUAAAAUAUUUUCCUUGUAUCAAGGUGGUAACGGCAAAAAUGAACUGCCUGGAUUGCGAACUCUAAAAAGUGAAGAAAAAAAUUUUUCGAAAUUCAUUUGAUUUCAAUAUUUUUCCACCUCAGGAGUAGAAUGAAAAAAUGCCCAUGUAUUUUUAACCCGUUUGUGUCCCAUUUUUCUCCCGUAAAAAGACCGUAUAUCAGAACAGGAACCGAAUUUCGCUUCGAGACCAUCGUUUUUUUACUGGCGUAGAGAAAAAGUGCUAGAAAAGUUGUUUUAUGAAAAUUAUUCGCAUUUAUUAUGCUUUUUAACGUGACCGCUUGUAUGGAGCACAAUAAACUUUGCAAAAUAGGUCAAAAAAAAAAUCAAAGAAAUUGGAAAAAUUUGAGAGGCCUCAAAAAUCAUCCAAAUGUCUCAUUUAAUCAUCAUUUCCGUUUACAGAUCCGCAAGAACGUCGACGAAAAGGAACACCCAAAAAUCCGGCAAAAACGAGCCGCUCCUUUGGGCGCCUACGUCACGGCUCGCCUCAGUUCCACGAGGAUGCAGCAGGAUUUCAGCGGCCGGACGCCAUUUAUCGUCGGAGAUUCACAGGUACUUUUUGUAAGGUUGCUGAAAAAUAGGGGUUCUUUAGGUUAUUAGGGAUUUAAGGUUGAUUUUGAUAAGGCUUUACCAAAAAAAAAAAAAUUAAAUAGGCUGGCUUGAAAAUCUCUCCAUAUUUUUUAUUACCCAAGUGAGCCAAUCUAUUAUUCAAUUGGGUAUGAUUUUGAUUAGUUGGUCGGUUUUUUUAGUGUCAAGCUUCUGUGUAUAACUCCUUAAAAAACUAGCUUUGAAGCCUUUUUUAAGUUCCUUAAAAUGAAAAAUCUAAAAAGGCUAUUUUUAAAGUCUCAAAUGCGCCCCAAGGAUAAACUGAGAAAUUCAGAGUAUUUCAAGCAUUUUUCAACUAAUUUUUUCUGAAAAAUGCAGUUUUUUUCUUUAACCUACGCUGAAAGAAGAAAAAAAUGAAUAUUCUCUUAGAGAAAUUUGGAACAUUCGGACUCGUGGAGAAUCAAAUUGACGAUUCUGCCCCCUAUUUCAUCAUUAAUGAACUCCUUUCCGCUCUCAUUUGCUAUGAAUUAGAAAAAAAGUUGUCCCCGAGGCAAUCGAGCGGAUUGAAAACUUACCGCGUCUUUUCUUCUUUUAUUAAAUUUGAAUUUUCGAUUAAUGUUAAUUAAAAACUCUUUGGAUUUUUGUAUUCUCGAUUUUUGCGUUCUGAUGACAAAAAAAAAUUUUUUGUAGUUCCCAUAAGUUGAAGGCCUUUUUGAAUGUUUCAAGUCCGCUCCAUCGAUAAAAAAAUGGAAAAAUUUUUGGCUGUUUUUUUCACGUCGAUUCGCGCUCUAUCGAUAAAUUUGUGUCAAAUUCACGAUUUUUCUCAUUUUUUUAGAAUCGACGUAUGAAUUGAUCAUUUUUUUAAUGAAGGAUAUUUUUUUAACAAACCUGGAAUAUUUUUCAGAGGCUAAUUUUUCAAUAUGAAAAUGCGCUCUAAUGAUAUUUUUUUCAAAUCAACCGAUCAAAAUAAAAAAAUCUUUCAUUUUUUUAUCACAAGAAAUUUCGGAUUUUUCAUGCGUUUGAGGCUUUUUUUUUUACAUAUUUUUGAACUCGUUUUGCAAAAAAAAAAAUUGGACUUUUUUUCUCAUGAAACUCGCGUCCUUGCCCUCUCAUAAUGUUAUUCGAAAGGACGGACGCCCGGAAACCCAUAAACCUGCCUCAGGAUUGGAUUGAAGGCCUCGGGGCACAAUUUCACAAAUCGAGAUAAAUGAGCGUUGGAGGGGCCGUCAGACCUACGCAUAGAUAUAUAUACGAAUAGGAAAGCAUUACGCCCUCCGCAAUGGGGGCCGUGUACAAAUGGCCAUUUUCGACAUUUGGAACCACGUUUUUUUUGCCUUUUUCAUUUAUUUUAAGCUCACCUUAGGAAGGUUAGAGCGGUCCCUACAGGGGCAAUCUUAAAAUCACUCGAGGGAUAACUGUAGAGGCCAUAUCUUAAAACCCUAUAGGCAUCACUUACAUUUUAGCCCUCUAGAACCAUGAGCUUGCAAAAGUAGCCUUUUUAGGUGAGCACUUAUACAUUUUUUAACUUUCGAAUCAUAACAAAAACUUAAACGAUCACUAUAGGGGCCAGACCUUAAAACCCUAUAGGUACCACUUGAAUUUAGCCCUCUAGGGCUCUGUAUAAAUGACCAUUUUCGACAUUUGGAACUAUUAUUUUUCGUCUUUUUCCUUCGCUUGCCUUAGGUACGCCAGAGUGGCCCCUACAUGGACAACCUUAGGGUCCCUUAAAAGAGAAACGUGCAAGGUGACCGCUUCAGGGUAGCAUGUCAUCCCUAUACGUCUUUUUGACUUUCGAACCAUAACUGGAAGUUGAAAAAUCACUAUAGGGGACACUUGACCUUUAGAGUCUCAAAAAUCAGACCCUAGACCUCUAUAGGAACCACUCAAAUUUCAGCUCACUAGGGAGCACUAUUUUGUCCCCUAUAUGGGGCUGCUUUUUUCUAAAACUUGUUUAGAGCGUUUUUUUCAUUUCGUUAGUGAUUUGGAAGCCGAAAAAUGGACACUUUUUUGGAAAAAAUGUUUAUUGAGUCGAAAUUUUUUUAACGCAAAAGUCAAAGCAAAUGUCCGUUCAAUAUAUUUUUACUUUUUACCUAGAGAGAAAAACGGUAUUCUGACUUAUGAAUGGGCUAUACUUUAUGAAGGCUUCAAAUUUCAGCAAAAAAAAAGCUGGAGUUCCAUUUUUCAAUAGACGCUGCUCCAUAAAGGCUUCAAAAUUUGGCGAAAACUUGUAUUUUUUUCGUUUUGUUCAAGUUUUUUUCCGGCCGGAAAUAUACGCAGCUGCAUAAUGUGCGGCGGCGAUCAUGCCCUCGGGCAAUAAAUAAGCCAAGCGGAGGCUCUCGAGAAGUUUUUUCCCCCCGCCCGCAUACGACACACGUCCAUUCCAGUUGAAUGGGUUGAGAUUCACGAUUUCGUGUGUUGUUGAAAUUUUUUUCCCGUGUCACUUCCACCAGCCAAACUUCCCCUUUCCUGGAUUUUUUUUAGCCUUUUUUGGAGAUUGAAUGGCUUGAAAAUGGUUUCUUUUGAACAUAAUCUGUGUUUUUCCUUUUUCCAAAAAAUCAGGACGCUUUUAAAAUUCGAUUAGUUGAGUUCCUUAACAUUUUUUUCCCUUUUUUUAAAGGGGAGAAUCUAAGGUUUUUCAAACAAUCAUUAAACAUUUUUUUUUCAAAAAAAUUGAAGGUUUUUGUCACUUUGUCAGUUCAAAAUAAGUUUUCAUAAAGAAUACGUGUUUUUCAAAAAUGUACCUAAAAGCCUCAACUUUCCUUUUUUAUAUAUUUCGAGCCUCGGACUCAGGUUUAUGAAUUUUUGAAUAUAAAUAUAAAAAUUGAGCUUCUCGUAAUUUCAGUUUUGUACAUGACAGGCUCUAAAACGCUUUAUUUUUUUCUUUUGGAAAAGUCGAUUUUUGACAAGAAAAAAAGCGAUUUCUCAAAGAAAAAUUACUAUUUUUAACACUUUUUUUAAAAGAUUUUUUUGUGAAAAUUUCAUAGUUACUCAAACAACUUCUAUGUGAAUCGAAUGCAGAAAAAACGAGAAUUGACCUCUUUUUUGAAAAGUCUUGAGAAAAAGGACUAAAGGACGAGUUUUUGAGCAAACUUGUGCCUCUUGAAUAUUGAAAAAACAAAGAAAUGCUCUGGAAAAAUAAAUUUGCGCACUUUUUUUUUGAUGGAAAUAAGGCUGUUUUUGAGUUUCACAGUUUUAUUUCCGCCUGAAUUGAAUUUGGUGAGAUUCACACAGAUUUUUUUGAAUUAUUUAUAAAUCAGAAUAAUGAGGAGACUGAUUAUAAUAGAGCUAUACGAAUUAUUUUUUUGGAUUUUUGUGGGAAUCUUGUUUUUUUUUCAGGUUCUGUGAACGUUUGCUGCGCUCUCUGAAACUUUUUAAUUUUAGAGAAAAAUAAUUUAAAACUUUUUUUCUUAACAGGAAAGUGAGGUCUGUAGAAAAUAUUGUUCAUCGCCCAAAAAAACGGCUGAAUGACUUUUUGGUAGUCAAAAUGACUCGAACCUGGAAUACCAGACGUUUCUGAGCACUUCUAGGGAUCACUUAAGGGUACAGAAGACGCUAAAGUGGUCACUAGGAAGGUUCAGAAGCGUCAGGAACGCGUUAGGAAUUUUCCCUCUUACAGAACCUUUAUUCAGAGUUUUUUUUUUUUUUUUCCAUUUUUGGUAAACCCUUUAUCACUUUCUUGCAUAAUGACUGACAAGGAAGGUUAUUUUACUUAAAUUUCCCGGAAAACUAGUCGGAAAAAAAUUCUUUAUGUAUCAAAUAAAGAUCCUCUAAAAGUCUCAAUCUUCACAACUUCAUGAUUUUCGAGAAAGGACACCUCAAAUUCAAGGAAACCCUUAAAAAUCCGUUAAAAUAGGUUUUUUAAAAACUUUAGGCCCUUAUUUCUCGAAAAAUAUGAAGUUGUGAAAUUUGAGACUUUCGGAAUCUUUUCCUGGUACAUCAAGGAGUCUCCUGGCCGAUUUCCAAGAAGUAAAAUGACUUUCCUUUUUCGUUUCAAUACUUUAAUCAUCACAUAUAUGCCGUUUGCAGUUGUAUGAGGGAUUCACCAACUACCCACUCGAGCCCCACGCCCACUACCGACUGAUGAUGCGAGCUUUCGCCAAGGAGGAGCCGAGGUCCCGCGAUAGUGUGAGUUUCAUGAUUAGAACUUUUUUUUUUGUCAGUUAUAUUGUUUUUUUGUAGAAUUUUUCGAGCUUUCGAGUUUUUUUCAAAUGGUAAUAAACCGGCUUGAAACUGACGUGUACUUACUUAUUAAUGAAAUUAGAAAAAAAAAAAUUUUGAGCCGUUUUUUCGUUCACUUUUGGAUUUAAUGAAUGAUUUUAGAGCUUCUCAGGAGAUUUUUCAGUUUUUGCAAAAUAAAAAAUUUCAAAAUCGCUUUUUUAGGAGUCAAAUUCUGAAGAAAAAAAUCUAAAAGUUCGUUUUCCGAAAAUUUUCAACUUUAAUGGUUUUUUUCAGAGGAGAGAAUUUUCUAGGCUCUGAGAAUCACCUGAGAAACAUUUUUGAACGUCUCGAUUUCAUUCUAAAAGUAAUUUUUAAGGGUUUUCUAUUUUACCAGUCGAGUUAUAAUGCUAUAACCCUUCGAAAGUUGAAUUUAGCCAUUAUUUUUGGAGAAAAGAGAUUUCUUGCAACCCGAAAAAAAUUGUGAAAAAGCAUUGAAAAAAAUUCUACAUAAUUCGGUGUUUUACCGAAGUUUCAGUAUAUUUCUGAAAAUGGGAGGUUCGAACUUCUUCUCUUAAGGGCUCACUUGGAAGUUUCAAGCCUUUUUUUUAAAUCAAGACGAUUUUUUUUCAAAAAUCAGAGCGACUUUUUUCAAAAAUCAAGUCAAAUUUUUUUGAAAAAAAAUCAAGUCGUUUUUUUGAAAAAAAUCAAAUCCACUUUUGUCAAAAAUCCAGACGACUUUUUCUUUAAAAAUCAAGUCAUCUUUUUUUAAAUCAAGUCAUUUUUUUCCAAAAAUCAAGUCCUUUUUUUUAAAUUCAAGUCGAAUUUUUUUGAAAAAAAUCAAGCCUUUUUUUCUUCCAAAAUCAAGUUUACUUUUUCAAAACCAAGUCCACUUUUCUCAGUUCGAACAACGGCCGCCGAUGAGCGAGAAGCUGACGAAAAUGUACUCGGACUCGUUGCUGACGGAGCCCUUCACGACCAAAUCAACGGCUCGCGGUGGAGCGCAACGGACGUCUCCCUGGUUCGGCGCGUUCGUCGCCAUCGCCGUCAUCCUCACCAUCAUCUUCAUGCUCGUUUGCUGGUUCGCUUUACGUUAUUUGUGAGUUCGUGGCAUGCGUUUUGUUAUACAUUUUUGCAUGAACCUCAAUAGUUCGUUUUUCGCGACCUCCUCGUCUCUCGUUUUGACGUGCUGUUUCCCUGUUUCUCUGACCCCAAGGGAACAGAGAGACGCAGACACUCGAAAACUGUCAAGUCGUGGUGAACGGACCGUAAAAGUCAACUUUUAGCGGUCAUUUUGAUGGAAAUUAGCUCCAAAAAGUCGGAAAAUUAGUGAAAAUUUUUAAUAUCGCCUGAAAAAUAUGCGCAGGUAGGUUGAAAAAGCUUCUAAUUUUUUGACUGUUUUUUUCAAAAUACCAGCUUUCUCUAUUGGUUCCUUUAGCUCGAGAAAAAAAUCAUGAAAAUUUAAAUUAUACCUCGAAUUUCUGACCAAAAAAGGUACAGAAUUCCUUCAAAAUCCUUUUACUAAUUUUUUUUUUGGCCGUUAGGAGCAAUAAACAAAGAUUUCCGUUUCACCUAAAAGUCUAAAAGUAGAAAAAGAGGCGAGGAAUGCUACCUCCUCAAUUUUUCUGUCUUGUGAACUUUCAUCCUUUGUUGAGAAGAAGAAGUAGUACUGAAAAAAUGGGCCCAGCUCAAAAAUCUUCACUCUUUGAGAUUGGGAUUUUCAAACUGCAUGAACUUUAACUUUGCAUGCCCACUGAAAAAAAAAAUAUUGAGAUAAUUCGAAAUAAGUAAAUUCUGCUUGCAGGUGGGUCCGAUGCAAGAAAAAGUCGGCCGGACGUCACCCACGACACGGAUCAAUCACGAAAGUCGCCCUGACCGGAAACAUCAUGAACGGAAUGCCUGGCGAGACGAGCAAACUCCUGAACUCCAACGAUUACGGCCGUCCCGUCAUGAAUCCCUACGAUCAGAUGAACGGAAACGGCGGUCUCAUGGAAUCUUCCCUAGACCUCUACCCCCUGCCCAACAGCCAUUCCCGAGCCAACGGAUAUGCCCCAGUUCCUGUACCUCUACCUUCCCUCCCGACCGGUAACCUUAACAAUCCCGACGACUAUCGUCCAUCCGCCGAUCCCCAUCGCCGAACUCGCCCAACACAUCGAACGCCUUCGGAUCAACAACAACUCGGGCUUCCAGCAGGAGUUCGAGUCCAUCGAAACCGGCCAGCACUUCACCUGGGAGCACAGCAGCGCCGAAGUGAACAAGCACAAGAAUCGCUACGCCAACGUCGCCGCCUACGAUCAUUCCCGCGUCGUUCUGAGCGAUGUCGAUGCGGUCCCCGGCUCGGACUACAUCAACGCCAACUACAUCGACGGCUACGAGAAGCCCAAGAGCUACAUCGCCACCCAAGGACCCCUUCCCGAAACGUUCGGCGACUUCUGGAGAAUGGUCUGGGAGGAAGGAUCAGUGACGAUCGUGAUGCUGACCAACCUCGAGGAGAGGUCCAGAGUCAAGUGCGACCAGUACUGGCCUUCCCGCGGGAGUUCCGCCUACGGCGACGUCCAAGUCACUCUCCUGGAGACCACCGUUCUGGCCCACUACACGAUGCGGACACUGAGACUCCAAGUAGCCGGAGAGCCCGAAGUCCGCGAGAUCCGACAUCUACAGUACACGGCCUGGCCUGACCACGGUGUUCCCGACCAUCCGACGCCCUUCUUGGUCUUCCUCAAGCGUGUCAAGACCCUGAAUCCUCAGGACGCCGGUCCGAUCAUCUCGCAUUGCAGGUUGGUUGUUGCAUCGGAGCGCGAUUGUUGAGGAUUAUGUUGCCUUUUUGAACUUGUGACUUUUCGAAACCUGCUGAUGGCUUCAGCAUUUUAUAUUUUUGAGAAGUAGCUUGCACUGCUGGGUUUUAUACCAUUGAAAGUUUUCAAGAAGAUGUAAUAUUUCCAGUGCUGGAAUUGGCCGAACCGGAGCCUUCAUCGUCAUCGACUGCAUGUUGGAGCGACUGCGAUACGAUAACACCGUGGAUAUUUACGGAUGUGUAACGCAUCUGAGAAGUCAGAGGUCCUAUAUGGUCCAGGUGUGUUUGGAAUCCAACUUUUAAGCAUGAUUGGGGUCAGAAUUCAUCUUUUCUGAGCUCAUAUUAAAGAGUUUCGUAGGGUCGUUAGAUUGAUACCGAACUCGGCUCGUUUUGGGCAGAUAGCUUAUUUUUAUAGAUUUUUUUUUCUUAUCAGAUGUUUGCUUAAUUCGAAGACUUGGUCACGUUUUUUUGCAUCAUUUUUUAAUCAGGAGGGGUAGAAGUCAAGGUUUUUGAUGCUGGAAAUCAAGUUUUCGGAAAAGGAAGUCUAAAGUUUGUUCGGCUAAGAGCUUGAUAAAUUCUCCAGAGUGGUAUUUUAGAACACGCGGAUUGAAAAUCAGCCUGUUUUAGUUUUUCAGUAGAGUUAUAAUGCUUUAAAGACGCCAAAAGUCUCCUCACAAAAAUGAAAAAAUGGUCCGUUUUUCGCGGCUUUUCUGCGCCCUCCUUAUCUCUCAACGACUCUCUCAUGCUCACGUGCUAUUUCCAUGUUUCUCUGACCUCGCCGGUGAGGGAACAGAGAGACGCAGACACUUGAAAAAUGUCAAGUCACGGGCUAUAACUCAAGGCAUUUUGCAGUUGUUCCUGACCUUUUUUUUUUUGAUAAGGCAGUUCCUCUGAGCAAAGUUUCCCUUGAUAGCUUUCAUUUUUGAAGAAUAGCGGGCGUUUCUCCAACUAUUUUCCCUCAUCAGAACCGUGUCUCAACAGAAAAGUAUUUUCAGACGGAGGAGCAGUACAUCUUCAUCCACGACGCCGUCCUCGACGCGGUCAACAGCGGAUCGACGGAAGUUCCGGCCUCGCGACUUCACCAACACGUUCAGGCCUUUGAUGCAACCGACGAUAGAUGGCGUUUCCGGCAUCGAAAUGGAGUUUAGGGUUAGUUCUUUCGGAAUCCAAUAAUUUGUCAUGGUAUCUGCUUAGAUUUUCAGAUCCCCAAUACAGGGAUCUCAAGAUGAAAAAUCAUUUUUUUGAAAAAGUUUUGAACUUUUCACGGGAAAAGAAAAAUCUUAAUACUCCGAAAAGUGAGAACAAGAGAAUUUUUUCCAUUUUUAAGGAGUACGGUACAUGAAAGUCCGCAAUCUGUGUUGAUCACUGUGCGUGUUUGCACGUUUUUGCGUUAUAACCUCAAAAAACAAGUUUAUCAACCAUUCUAAUUCGAUAAAUUACGUCCCGCAACAAACGUGCAAACACAAAGUGAACGAAUGCGCACUUUUCAAACAGUACCCUUCGAAAAAUGGAAAACUCGCUCUUCUCGUAGCGCCACCAUUUUAACUGAAAAAAGAGCUUCUAUCUUUUUCAGCACCUGUCGACGUUGAAAUGGGCGAACAGCCGAUGCCAAGUGGCCAACACGCCGGUCAACCGGCACAAGAACCGCGUGCUCAGCUCGGUGCCCUUCGAUGCCAACCGCGUCAUCCUGCACAUGAUCCCGGGCAUCGACGGCAGCGACUACAUCAACGCCUCCUGGAUCGACGGCUACCGCGAAC